ACGUCAGCAGCACCAACCUCUGCUGAGGUCAGAGGUCACACAACAGAAAACAUGGCGGCUUCCAGUAAAGUGACCGUGGUGUUGAAAGCUGUGAAGAACAUAACAGCCCAGUUUUGUCCAUUUGAAUCAAAUGUCGGGUCAACACGGAUGUUUCUGUCCGUGAUGAGUUCACAUAAGGUCCGAGCUACCAACUUGAACUGUGAGGUGAUCUCCACAGUGAAGCAUGACAGGUCUGAACCUGUAGUGGAAAUCACUUACUUGGACGGAGAUAAGCUGAUGUUGAAGGGAGCGAAGCUGAACUGCAGCGAGAUGCUGAGUGCGUUUCAGUCGAUGUGCGCAGCCAAAGAACUACAGGCAAAACUCGCAGCAGCAAAGAAAUAAUAAUGAUAUGUGUUGAAUUUAUCUGUGAUCUUUGUAUAUUCCUGGAUGUUAAAUAUUAAAGUAUUUCAUAUAAAUGUG